AUGACGGCCAAAUUUCACUUAAUUUUAAUUUCAACCCUCACAUUAUUCUCAUCUUCUUCUGCAUUAGUACCACAAUUUGCAUUCAGUUGGUUGGAUGACAAGGAUGUAUUCAAAGCUGGUGAAACUGCAACUAUCAAAAUCAAAGUCCUGGGGAAUUUCGAUAGUAAAGCAAAUGCUUCACUCAAUAGAACUGCUUUCAAUCCCUUUAUUACAGUGAAUGGGAAGACAGGGAACAGUUCUUACAUAUCUGGUGUUUUUCUUGACAUCAAUGGCGAUCCUAGUACUUGGCAGAUUGUCUUUGUCCCAAUCCUUGCAGGUUUAUUCAAUGUCAUCAUCAAUGAUGACCCUUUCAAAGUUAUGGAUUCUUCUCUUCAUUUCACUGUUGAACCAGGUCCUGUGUACCCUUCUGUCAGUGUUGCUUCCUGGUUAGCAUUCUGGGAUGAAUUCGAAGCUGGUUCGACAGUUCCGAUUUUGAUUCUUCUGAAAGACGCAUUCGGAAAUAACAUAACUUCGACGGACAAAGAACCGAGUUCUUAUAACAUCUCGGUGACUGCUCUCCAUGAAAAUGGCUCGGUUUCGAGUUUAUUAAAUAUCACGUCCAUGGCUUGGAAUGAAUUUGGUUAUAUCAUAAUGGAGUUCAUGGUUGUUAUAGCAGGAAACUUCCUGUUGAAUAUCCAAGGAGCAAACCAGACCUUGAAUGGCUCUCCAUUACCAUUCAAGGUAAAUCCAGGACCUUUAGAUGUCUCCAAUUGUGCGGCCAAAUGGAGAUUUGAAUUCAAUGCAUGGCAAAUCUUUUCCAAGAUGGAAAUACUUGUAUACCAGCAAGAUCGAUACCGGAACCUUGUUCCGGGAUUGUAUGAAUUUGACGCAGAUGUUAUUGAGGAAGAUACGAAUUUGUCGAUUCCUGUAACGGAUUUGCAGUUCGAAGAAGUAGAACCCGGGGUUCAGCUGUUUUCUUUCAGCAUGUCGAAAGCAGGGAACUUCUUGCUUACCAUUUCUGAUAUGAAGCACAACAAAAGCAUUUCCUAUAUGCCAUUUGCUUAUACUGUCUUUGUAGGUUAUUGCGAUGGAGUAGAGAGUAUCGUCAAUGGGACUGGUUUAAAUACUUCUGUUUCUGGGGAAGUGGCACAGUUUUCGGUUUAUCUCCGCGACGCCUUCCAGUAUCCGUCCCCGGUGGAAGUAGAAAGACUUCAAGUAGAAAUUGAAAGGAAAAUCGAUUCCACAUCCGUCUUGCCUACUAUAUAUCCUACACAGAUCAGUAAUGGAGAAUUGCCCGACAUUGCUACAAGUGAAACCAAACUUGCUCCUGUUCCAUCCACGGGCCUAAACAACACUUCUCCUAGAAGCUUGACAGUUUGGGCUACUGCAUUCAAUGUCAUGUAUACUCCUCAGAAGAGUGGGAUCUAUAGAAUUUAUGUGUUUUGUGGAAAUAUUAUCCUAAAUGAUGGUAGUCCAUUCACAAAGGAAGUAAAACCAGGUACAAUUUUAAUAUCAGUCUCAGGAGUGGUGAAAUUUGCUCCCAAGGCACCCAAGCUGGUUCGAAAUGAAAUAGUAGUACAGUUGAUGGAUUUGUUUUCAAAUCCCGUUGUUUCUGAAACUUCGAAGCUAAGAAUAGUGCUUACUUCAGUUGAGAAGCCAGGUUUCUCGACCUGGAUGUUUGUGGAUAACAAUGAUGGUUCAUACAUAGGUCACUAUCUUGCCAUGGAAGUCGGCACUUACGAGAUGUGUGUAUUGUUCGAAGGAAACCAUUUCUCGCCCUGCCCUUUCGCGAUUAACGUGUACGGAAGUGAAUAUUUUCCUAAAGCAUAUGAUGAUAUAAUCUCCCUUUGGGAGGACGAGUCAAUCGCGUUCGAUGUGUUGGAAAAUGACUACUUUGCUGGUGCCAAUGCAAGCGUUGUCGAAUUCUCAAAACCAAUUCACGGUUCACUUCUGCAAUAUGGAAUGCUCUUUAGAUAUACACCUUAUAAAGACUAUUUUGGGAAUGAUUCUUUCCUAUAUACAAUAUCAAACAUCAAUGGUGACCUUGCUACUGCUACUGUCAAAAUAUCUGUACUCACCAUUCCACCUCAGUUUGUUUCUUUUCCAAGCCAAUUGCAGGCAACUGAAGAUCUCAUAAGUCCGAGAUUCGGUGGUUACAAUGGCUUCGAAUUGAAAUAUUCAGAUCCGACAGAGAAUAUCUCGGUCAUUCUCAGUGCCAUGUAUGGAACAAUAUUUCUAUCAACUAUGUCAAUGCAGUUUUGGCAGCCGAUUUGGAGUGAAUUUUCUGUGAAUAAAGGAGACGAGAAAGGAACCAAUCUGACCAUUGAAGGACGUUUAGAAGUGAUCAAUUUUUCCCUUCAGUCAAUUCAGUAUCUUGGGAAUGGGAAUUUUUCGGGGAACGACACCCUUCGAGUAUCGGCCAGGAACCGAAAUGGAGUUAAUGACUUGGAUGUUCAAGUAGUAGUGGAUCCCAUUAAUGAUCCUCCAUAUGUUAACGUUCCUGAAUUCAUUGUGUUGAAGAACACUAGGGAUGAAUCUUUGUUGUUCAACAAAGAAACAGAUCGGUUUCCGUUCUCCAUCGGUGAUCCGGAUGUUCUUAAUGUCACUGGGGGUGAGUCAGGCUUUGAACUGGCGUUUUCGAUGGAAGUUAGUGAUGGAUAUUUGCUAGCAACACUACCGGCUGCUCUUGUAGAUUCGACUGAACUGAAGUCGAAGAACAGUUAUCAAUGGCAACCUCUUCAAACAUAUGUUACCAUCUCGAAACAGUUCGUAGUCAGAGCUAUCGGAAUAAGAUUCCGAGCAUCGAUCAUCGAUUGCAACACAGUCAUGCAACACUUAUCCUACUACGGAGGAGGACAUGACGCUGCGGUUUUAACAGUGAAAGUAAACGAUUUAGGACGUUAUGGAUGUCACUCCGAUUGUAUCGAUAGGAUAACGAAGCCUUUGGUCGUGGAGGCUACCGUAAAUCUGAUCAAAGGGAAACCGAUGAGCUCAUCGACAAUUCGUACUCUGGAAUCGGUUAUAGUGAUUGAAUUCAUUUUGGUGUUUUCACUUGGAUUGAUGAUGGUGUUCUUCACUUGCAAAUGUGUAAUUCUUCUUGUGAACGAGAUAAGAAGACAAAGCCCCAGAAAUUCUGAGCCUAUCGAAGAAGCAGAACUUGCAGACAAAAACUACAUUCAAUUUAAGACAUGGAAUGAUGAUCCACAUGCAACUUGCCCUGGUCGUCGGGCAUCAUCUUUUGACAAUAAUCCCACAUUCACCGGUCCAAUCGAUUCUCAAAAUAGGUCCACGUAGGGAUGGACCGAGAAAUGCAAACGAGAAGGUGGAAAAAUUCAAAUUCUCACUUAAAUUUUAUUUGUAUUUUUUAUUGUUAAUUUAUUUACGUCUUUUGAAUUGUUCAAGUUAAUCCUCUAAGAUAAGAUAAAAUACUGUGUGUGUUU